AUGUCCAAGAAAAGCAAGCGCAACGCCGACGAGGCCUUCGAGCAGGCUGCCAGCAUCAAUACCAGCGCUGGAGAAAUUGCAGGCAGUGAACAUGCGACGAAACGCCAGAAGAAACAUAAGUCAAAGAAGCACCGACGAGAGUCCUCGGGCAUCGAUGAUGCGGCAGCGCAGCUCUUGAGAGAGGAGAAGCAGUCCAGCUCACAAGAUGUGCCGCAAGAGGCGAGCCAGCCUUGUGGUGCGGACAAAACGAACAGUAAGCGGAAAAGGAAGAGCGCACACCGCGACUCCCUGGCUGCAAAAUCACCGAGCGUGGAUGCCCGAGAGGUCUCUUCUGCAGUCGAGGCUGGUCGAUCUCCGGUGAAUACUAAGUAUGAUGUCGAUUCAGGGACUGGGCAGCAGAGCACAAAAGUCAGCGUCAAUAAGCGAAAGCGCGAAAACAAACGACACCGGGCUGAAGCGGCGGAUGAAGACAAGUCGGCAACCCACACGCAACAGACUGAGGAAGAGGCUGCGUCUCGACUCAGCAGAAGCGAGAAAAAGAGGGAGCGAAAGAGAUUAAAGGCACUGUCAAAGAAGUCAGAAGAGCAGCGAGCAGUCGUACCUCUGGAGGCGCGAAUUCAAGACCCUGAUGAUGUCGCAUCUGAGGACAUCAAGCAACAAUCUGAGGACGAAAGCAAGAUAUCCGAAGAUGGUGGAGUCAUGCUCGACGAAACAAUGCCUCUGGCAGACCGCAUACAAGCUCCGCGAAGAACUAAGCGGAAGAUGAAGUCCAAAUCAAAGAUUUCCCAGAUCUUCAGUGACAAUUGGUCUUUGUCUGACGCCGCGGCUGGCUCCUUCAGUGACCAGGACCCAAUCAUGACAGACGACGACCAAUACCUGAUACUGCCUACUGUAAGCGAGGUCAGGAUAUACUCGACAUCAACAUCGCUACUCGUCAGAUCACUACGAACCCACGGCACCAUUGUCGGCUGUGUUAUCUCCAAGUCGGAUCCAUCAAAGAUACUUGCAGCGCGAAGUGAUGGCAACCUCAGCGUGUGGGAUUGGACUACAGGUCGAAAGCACCGAGAGUGGAGGUCUCCACGGGGUCUUCGGGCGCUCGUGUCAAUGUCUGCUAAAGGACCUGGUGGGUCGGAGCUUGUACUGGCUCUACAUGGUGAUGAUUCUGAAGAUCGUCAACUCGCCGUGUAUGCUUUGGUGGAAGGGACAGAAGCAGUACUUCUGCAAACACUGCUCACCCGAAAACGCCUCAACGCUGAGGUCCAGCUUUACGAACAAGCGGGCUUUGUUGUGGUCUCUGCAUACAGCCGUCUCAUCAUUGGUGUUUCGACUGGCUUGCAAUCACCUGAUUACGAGCAGUCGGCAGUUACAUGGCGGGAAUUUGCCAUGCCGAGUAACAUUGAAUCUCUGGAUGCCCGAGUCUACGAGACUGAGGGCAAGUCCUCGCGAAAGAGGCUUGAUGUUGUUGUAGGUCUGAAGAACGGCUCAAUCGUGCUGUACGAGGAUGUACUGUACAAGAUGAUUGCCCGCGAGAAAAAGAAGCAGGACGAUGAGAUUGCAGCUCGGUACCUCAACUGGCACCGCACCGCGGUCAACACGGUCAAGUGGUCGCGAGAUGGCGACUAUGUGAUUUCUGGAGGCAAUGAGACCGUGCUCGUAAUCUGGCAGCUCGACACCAACAAACAACAAUUCCUGCCCCAUCUGUCCACCGAGAUCAAGCGGCUUUCGGUCUCCAGAAAGGGAUCCUCGUAUGUCUUAUAUCUCAACGACAACUCUGUCAUGGUACUUUCCACAGCAGACCUUCAGCCAAUGGCAAACGUCAGCUUGCUCGCCGCACAAAGAUCUGGCAGCCUUGCAGCAGUCAUGCAUUCCACCAAGCCAGGGCAUCUCUUAACCGCCGUUCCUCGGAGCGUGACAGCUUCUCAUGCUGGCGAGGCGACUUCCCUUCAGACCUACGAUAUACAGUCUGAUAUCCAGAUUGCCAGACAGGCGCUGACUCGUAACCUGACCACCACCAUCAAUGUCGGGCCCGACGGCUCAUUUAUCAAGGAACCGAAUGUCGGACACGUCGCGCUGUCCUACGACGGCGCAUGGUUUGCCAGUGUGGAGGAAUGGUCCCCACCGUCUUCCUCACUAGAGGUCACAUACCUUAUAGGCGAUUCAGCGCGACAGGAGCGGACCGAGAUAACUCUGAAAUUCUGGUCCUCGUCCUCGCCGAGCGAGAACGACUCGGAGUGGGCGCUCACCUCUCGGGUAGACUCCCCACACCACAAGUCGCGAGUCCUUGCGCUUGCCUCAUCACCGCUUCGGGCAGAGUUUUCGACACUUGCAUCCGACGGCACGGUGCAGGUAUGGAUCCCGAGACCCAGACGCAGAGACGGAGUCCUGGUUCGAGGUGUUAACGGCCAGACACUCUACAACUGGUCCGUCUCUCGGCAGGUCCCGCUUAACCCUUCCUCAACCGUGAGCGCCGGCGCGCUGGCAUAUUCGGAGGAUGGCUCAGUGCUCGCCGCCUCGCUGUCGACCUCAAGCCACAGUACGCAAUGGACGAGUCUCAUCCCGCUCACGGGCACUAGCUCCAGCUCACGCAUUGACCCCGCGUCGAUCUCUCACACACCAUCUCUACACCCACCCUUCGCGAGCUUCCUCUACUCCGCUUUCACAGGGCCGCAGCUCGUGACUUUGUCACCAUCAUUUCUAUCCGUCCACGACACCAUCAACAGCCUCACCAUGACCCCCACACCCUUAGGCGGAGACUUCACCCUCGCCACCGCAGGCACGACCCGGCGCAUCACCCACCACCUAGCCGCCAACCCCCUCGACGGCACCAUCGCCAUCGCGCUGAACCCUGCACAUGCCUUCCUGCCAGGCAGUCGCGUCCUCGUGCUCUCGCUGCGAGGAGGCGCCCAGGACCUGCCUACCAACGCGGAAGACGACACGCAGACGGAGAAGAAAGCAGCCGGCAGUCCCGUUAUCUUUGAGGCGCUCCUCCACGGCCAGACGAGAGCGCUGCUCCCCCGUGCAGGCGCGCCAGGCUACGUUGUCGUCGACAGCAAUGCCGAGGUGCGGCAGAUUCGCGGCCCCGGAUCCGCUGCCACGCGUGCAUUCCGACCAUUCACCACCACCGCCGCAGGAGCGGGCUUGGCGCAUGGCGGUGAGCUGCAAAGGGGCUUGGACGCUAUCUUUGGCAAGGCGUCGGCAGCUACGACUACGACGGGUGCUGCUGCACGCGCGGAGGACCGCGGGCAGCGCGACGCGGCGCCAGCGCCAGCGGCGGAGUUGGAAGGCACAGGCACAGGUGCGGGCACGAGACGGGUGGAGGAUGUGCUGGGCUGGCAGACGAGCGUGGCGGUGCCGAGCGUCAGAGAGGUGUUUGAACGGGUGGUCGGCUUGUUUCGGAAGCCGCAGCAGGUCUGA